AUUUGUGUGUUUUCAUGUGCUUCGUAAUCGUCAGUCGCUGCCGUGAACUUCCUCGAAGACAGUAUUCACUAUGGCGUUGAGAUUUGACGGAAAAGUUGCCAUCGUCACUGGUGCAGGAGGCGGGCUUGGGAAAGAAUAUGCCCUUUUGCUUGCAGAAAGGGGGGCUUCUGUCGUUGUAAAUGAUCUUGGUGGUACUCGGAGUGGUGAAGGCCAGUCACGUUCAGCAGCUGAUAAGGUUGUGGAUGAGAUAAAAGCUAAAGGUGGAAAGGCUGUUGCAGACUACAAUUCUGUUGAAGAAGGAGAUAAGAUUGUCAAGACAGCUAUCGACAACUACGGGCGUGUAGACAUUGUCAUCAACAAUGCUGGUAUUCUCAGAGACAAGGCCUUCGUCAACAUGUCUGCUGAUGAAUGGGAUAUCAUCCAUAGAGUUCACUUGAGAGGGUCUUUCCUGGUUACAAAGGCUGCAUGGCCAUAUUUUAGGAAUCAAGGCUAUGGAAAAGUCAUCAUGACUGCCUCAGGCGCUGGCAUUUACGGCAACUUUGGCCAGGCCAACUAUGGUUCAGCAAAGCUUGGUCUGUUGGGCUUAAGCAAUACCCUCGCCAUCGAAGGGAAGAAGUACAACAUAUCGUGCAACACCAUUGUCCCAUUGGCAGCAUCGCGACUCACAGAGGAUAUUUUCCCCCCUGAGAUUUUCAAUCAACUAAAGCCCAGCUUUGUGAGCCCUGUGGUCACUUGGUUGUGCCACGAAAGCUGCAAAGAAACUGGAGGUGUCUUCGAAGCAGCCGGAGGAUACGUCGGAAAAUACCAGUGGCACCGUUCCGUCGGCAAAGCAUUCAUCAAGGAUGAAAAGAUGACUCCUGAAAGUGUCCGAGACAGCUGGGCACAGAUUACUGACAUGACAGAUUCACAGCAAAUGACAAGCGUUCACGAUCAAACAACGUCCUUGAUCCAGAUGCUUUCUGGUCAAGUACCAGAAAGGAAAUCUGCAGUACCAGCCCCUGGCAGUGAAGACCCCUCUGUGUUUGUGUACACUCCAGAUUCAGCCAUUUUGUAUGCCUUAUCAGUUGGCCUUUCAACGCAGGAGCCGGAUCAUCUGAAAUUCUUGUUUGAGAACUCUGUGGACUUCAGUGUGUUACCCUCCUUUGGGGUGAUCCCUGCAAUGAGUGCAGUUUUCAAUUCGGAGGCACUGAGCAACGAAUCUCGACGUCUCAACGUGGACCCUAGCAAGAUGCUCCACGGUGAACAGUAUCUCGAGCUGUACCGCCCCCUUGCACCAUCAGGCGUGCUUAAGACUGACGUUAAAGUGGUGGAAAUUUUGGACAAAGGCUCUGGAGCUGUUGCUAUAAUUGAUGCCAACACAUUUGACGAGCGCGGGCAAAAAGUAGCCUACACGCAGUGGUCAGUGUUCUUUGUUGGAAGUGGAGGAUUUGGUGGAAAGCGAGUUUCGGAUAAGGCCAAGCCUCUGGCAACGAUACCUAACAGGAAACCGGAUGCUGUCCUGGUGGAUAAAACAUCCGCUGAUCAGGCAACGUUGUACAGGCUUUGUGGUGACAAGAACCCCCUGCACAUUGACCCCAAUUUUGCUGCAGCAGGCGGGUUCUCUCAACCCAUUCUACAUGGCCUAUGUUCAUAUGGCUAUGCCACGCGCCACGUCUUGAAGCAGUAUGCAAACAAUGACGUUGCUCGAUUUAAAUCCAUUAAGGCACGCUUCACUGGUCCAGUCUUACCUGGCCAAUCGAUACGCACAGAAAUGUGGAAAGAAGGAAACAAAGUCUUGUUCCAGUGCUCGGUACCAGAGUCAAACAAGCAGAUCAUUUCUGGUGGAUGUGUUGAGUUGCACAGCGGGCCUCCAGCAUCCGUUGCUCCCUCACCACCUGUUGCUGCUCCUAAAGCUGGUGGACAAGAGCUCAUGACCGACCUGGUGUUUGCGGGCAUGGCAGCGCGUGUUGAAGAAUCUCCAGAGUUGGCCAAGAAAGUGGAAGCCAUCUACGAGUAUCAUAUUACUGUGGGAGGAAAAGAAGCCGCAGUUUGGACCUUGGAUCUGAAGAAUGACAAAGGGUCAGUGUACAAAGGGCCCACCAAGAAAGGAAGGCCAAACUGUGUGAUAACAAUCAGUGAUGAAGACAUGUUCAACAUGGCUGUUGGUCAACUUGAUCCUCAAAAGGCCUUCAUGCAAGGAAAACUGAAAGUGAAAGGCAACAUUUUGAUGAUGCAACGACUAAGGGCCCUUUUGACUCCACCAAGUGGUGGUGGUGGUGGGUCAACACAGAGCUCACCCCCUGCACCACCUCCAGCUACUUCACAGUUUCCACCUCUGAAGAGUAGUGUCAUCUUCAAGUCAAUGGACAAGAAGGUUGCAGCAAACCCUGACCUUGCAUCCACAGUAAAAACCAUUUUCCAGUGGGACAUCAAAAAGAACGGCCAAGUUGUUAAGCAAUACACACUGGAUCUGAGAAACGGGAAGGGAGCCAUGUACGAAGGUGCCUGCAAGCAAGGCAAACCAGACUGUGUCCUUAUCAUGGAGGAUGACAUCCUUUUUGAUAUCUAUCAGGGCAAACUGGAUGCGCAAAGGGCAUUUAUGACAGGAAAGCUCAAGAUAACUGGAAAUGUUCUGGCAAGCCAGAAGCUACAAGACCUGUGGGAACAGGACAAAGAAGAAAAUCCUGAGGAUGAGCUGGCUGAUAUGGUGAAGUCUGCUGAUGCCAGUGCCGCAUCAUCUGAAGAACGACCACCUCGUCCCACAGAGCCACCGAGUACCGUGAAGUCAGACUUCAUUUUCAGUAUCUUCACGGAAUACCACAAACAAGAGCCCCAGAUAGCCAGUAUUGUCAAGACCAUCUACCACUGGGUUAUUGUACAGAAUGGAAAGAAAGCUACUGAAUGGACUGUUGACCUAAAGAAUGGAGAGGGUGACCUGUACAAGGGACCACCAAAUGGAGUGAAAGCAGACGUCAGCAUCACAAUCGAGGAUGAAGAUCUUGUACAGCUUAUGCUUGGAAAACUUAAUCCACAAAAGGCAUUCAUGACAGGACGUCUGAAGAUACGUGGGAACAUCAUGCUGACACAGCGCUUCAACCAACUCUGGCAGGAAAUCCUCAAGAGUGGUCGGGUGGUAGAAUUGAAGCUGAUGAGUCCACUGCUCUCUGAUGCACAGCCACUGAGCCCAGACCUGUGGAGCGAUUGUGCAUUCUUCUUGCUGACCAAGAAACUCGCUCAUUUGCCUGACCUGGCAUCUAAAGUACAGGCUGUCUAUGAAUGGAAAAUUUUGAAAGAUGGCAAAGAAGCAAGCAAAUGGACACUGGAUCUGAAGAGUGACUGUGGAGCUGUCUACCGUGGCAGCCCAAAGGGAGGUUCGCCGUCCUGCACCAUCACGAUGGAAGAUGACUUGUUUGCUAACUUGGUUGCCGGAAGGAUCGCGCCAAAAGUGGCCUUUUCCAAGUUUGUCAAGAUCGAAGGCAACAAAGCUCUUGCAGACAGCCUGCACCCCUUGUUCCUGUCUCAGUCCAAACUCUAACCCUGCCAUGCACUUUCUGGCGAUGUAGCAAUACUCAGGUACCCAUUUAUAUCAUGGCAUCUAUAACAUGAUUGAGAUCUUUAGAAAAUGGUGCUCCUACCUAACCUAUAGCUAAUAUUGAUCGAAGGUAAUUGUUUACUUGAACCAAUGUUUGUGAUAUAUAAGUAUAUUUUUCUAAGGUAUAGUAUUUGAAUAAAGCUAUUUUUAUUACUCUCUGA